CGGAGCUUUAUAAAAAUCUUGCAACCUAAAGGGAUUUAUAGCACUGUCGGAAGGGGUUUUUGGAUUGUGGCCAGGCGCCAAAUGAUCUCUUCGUGUGCUUCGAGGCGAUCGAGUCAUCGAUUGGCAUAGCAGGCUUGGGCAUCGCGGUCUAGGAGGAGUUUCUCGAUCCCUUCUCGCUUGUAGCUCGAUCAAAUGGCGGGGUCAGUCCACACGGACGACAGCGACUCGGAGCGAGCAGCUCGAAAGCCGAGCGAUGGCCAGCGCCCGGAAGAACUCCCUUUUGUUCACAAAGUAAGCGUUCCUCCUAGCACUCCGCUUCACAGUGGCAUCAAAGAUACGAUCAAGGAGACGUUCUUCCCGGACGAUCCUUUCCUCCAAUUCAAGAACCAGACCAAAGGGAGGAAGUUUGUCCUCGCAAUUCUCUACGUCUUCCCGAUCCUGGAAUGGGGGCCAAAGUACCGGCUCAACCUCUUCAAGCGAGACUUUGUCUCCGGCCUGACGAUAGCCAGCCUGUGCAUUCCACAGGCAAUGGCUUACGCCAAGCUUGCUCACCUCCCGCCCGAGUAUGGACUUUACUCGGAUGUUAUUCCACCUUUCGUCUAUGCGGUUCUAGGAAGCUCAAGGCACAUCGUCGUCGGACCGGUUGCUGUGGUGUCGAUUCUCUUGGGAACUCUCCUGAAUGCCGAAGUGAACUACAAGAAGGACCUUGCGACUUACCUUCAGCUUACAUUCACUGCUACGUUUUUCGCGGGGCUAAUUCAGGCUGGACUCGGGUUCCUCAGGCUGGGAUUCAUCAUAGACUUCCUUUCUCAUGCCGCUGUGGUUGGAUUCAUGGCGGGCGCCGCCAUCACUAUUGGCCUGCAACAGUUGAAAGGGCUGUUUGGAAUCACGAACUUCACUACAAAGACUGACAUCGUCUCAGUUUUGAAAUCCGUCUUUAGUAACACCCACCAGUGGAACUGGCAAACUAUCCUCAUCGGUCUUUUCUUCCUCGUGUUGCUGCUCGCUGCCAAGUUUAUUAGCAAACGGAAGAAAAGCUGGUUUUGGAUCUCGGCAAUAGCACCGUUGACUGCAGUUAUCCUGUCGACAGCUUUCGUGAAAAUCACGCGUGUUGAUAGGCAUGGAGUUAUCACGGUCAAGCACAUAAACAAGGGACUGAAUCCUUCUUCGGCUCACUUGAUUCAUUUUAGCGGGGACCUUGCACUGAAAGGAGUUAAAGUUGGCAUUGUGGCCGGAUUGGUCGCUUUAACGGAAGCUAUAGCCGUAGCAAGAACGUUUGCUGCGCUUAAAGACUACCACAUUGAUGGAAACAAAGAGAUGAUAGCUCUCGGGUCGAUGAAUAUGAUCGGAUCAUUGUCCUCUUCCUACGUUACUACAGGUUCAUUCUCUCGCUCGGCAGUAAACUACAACUCUGGUUGUAAAACUGCGAUCUCAAACGUAGUUAUGGCAGUAGUAGUAAUGAUCGUCCUCCGUUUUCUGACACCUUUAUUCUUCUACACUCCGAAUUGCAUCUUGGCUUCGAUCAUCAUAACAGCAGUUCUCAGCCUCAUCGAUUUGAAGGCAGCAAAACUCAUAUGGAAGAUUGACAAGUCUGAUUUCCUGGCAUGUAUGGGUGCCUUUUUUGGUGUCGUUUUUGUCUCCGUCGAAAUUGGCCUUCUCGUGGCGGUCUGCAUUUCGAUGGCAAAGAUUUUAUUACAUGUUACACGACCUCACACCGCUGUUCUAGGAAACAUACCAGGAACUACUGUUUAUCGCAACGUUCAGCAGUAUCCCGAAGCAUACAAAAUCCCAGGAACUCUUCUUGUCCGCGUUGAUGCCGCCGUCUACUUCUCCAAUUCUAACUACAUCCGUGAGAGGUUUGCGAGUUCAAGUUGUCUCCGAAUCCUUACUGAAAGCUUUCCGCAACAGAGUUUUGAGAUACGUGAACGAAGAGGAGGAAGUGAUCAAGAAAGCCAACGGAACCUCACUGCAAUACGUUAUCCUCGACUUAACACCGGUUAUGAGCAUCGACACAACAGGAAUCCAUGCGUUCGAAGAGCUACUGAAAAUACUAAGGAAGCGGGGCCUACAACUAGCGAUUGCAAACCCAGGCUCCGAUGUCAUGGAGAAACUCCACAUUGCCAAGUUUCUGGAAGAACUGGGCGAAGAAUGGGUGUUCCUAACGGUAGGACAGGCCGUACAAGUGUGUACCAGGCUGCUCAAAUCAGCCGAUGUUUAAAGGCCUUACUUUUGCUUGAAUGUAAAUUAAGAAUAUGCGAUGGUAUCUUAUUGCCGUUGCGAAUGGAAUAUCUAGUGGCAUAUUCGCCAGGGUUUUCUAUAUUUCUUGUCUGGCUGGGGCGACGUUCUUGGUUCCAAGGAGGAGCCGCCACCGAUUCGCGACACCCGAUUCACUGCCCUUGUAAGUAAUGCGCGAUCUCUGCCCAGUGGGAUC